UGCUUCGGGCUGUGUAGCUGCUGGACUGACUGGCUGUGACUGGGAGGAGGUGGGGUCUAACUACGGUGGUCGUGGGCUUGCCGACGUUUACGUGCGAAACGUGCAGACUGCCUACUACUGUUUCUUUUGCCAAAAACGACGAGGAGUUUUGUUCAGUAAGAAGGAAAGUCGCCCAUCUUUGAGGAUUCCCUGCCUCACGAAACACGUUCACCACUAUUCCGCCAGAGAAUCCCAGCAACCACAACCGCCACCUCAGUCAACGUAACCGGCGGGAGCUGUGUGCGAUGAGGUCGCCCACCAGGAGGGGUUCGGUUACGCUGAGAUAGUGCGGUUUUUUGUUGAUAUCAUUACGGCAGUCGUUGCCUGCAGUUUGGGUCGACUUGUCGCCUGUGAAGCCUCAAAGCACCGCGAGUGUGUGAAGAUAUACCCGCCAGGAGAACAUCGCUGAACAUCCAUGAGCUCUGAUUUCCCACACUACAGUUCCAGGAUGCCAAAUAUAGGGUUCCAGAACCUUCCCCUUAACAUCUACAUCGUGGUGUUUGGGACAGCCAUCUUUGUCUUCAUCCUCAGCCUCCUCUUCUGCUGUUACUUAAUAAGGUUACGGCAUCAGGCACACAAGGAGCUAUAUGCAUACAAACAAGUCAUUCAGAAGGAAAAAGUCAAAGAGCUAAAUUUGCAUGAGAUAUGUGCAGUGUGCUUGGAGGAGUUCAAACAGAAAGACGAGCUGGGGAUCUGUCCUUGCAAACAUGCCUUUCAUAGGAAGUGCCUCAUAAAGUGGUUGGAGGUGAGGAAAGUGUGCCCGCUGUGCAACAUGCCCGUUUUGCAGCUCGCCCAACAGGCCAGCAUCACGGAGCCCGCCACGCAAGUACAGCAGCCCCUGCCCGGCAUCGAGAACCUGGUGUAGCAGAGCGAAGCCCCUCGCAAAACAGUACACAACAACAGACACACAAAAACACACAUCAUCCCAUCGCUCACUCUCUCACCUGCACAGGUACACUUUGAUGUGAGUCGGUGGACAGUGAGGAGUUGCUGUGCAGAGACAAACACUGGCUGUCGACGGGCAGCCGUCUUUUACCUUAAAAAAAAAUCAGCUCUGACUGUUCAUCAACUGAUCUCACGUGUGUCUGCUGUUGUUUUUCUUCGCGGCCGAUGAAGAAGAGUUGUCCUAGAAGAAGAUUCUGUCUUGGCCAUGAUGUGUUCAAUAACUUUUUCGCAACCAAAGCACUUUUCUGGGAACACCAGCUAAAGAGCUGGAUGAAGAAAAAGACAAAAGCCAAGAACUACAAUACACUAAAAUAUUCAUUGUUUAUCAUUUUUUUCCUUUAUUUUUUUAAUAAGCACUUUACAAGAAGUCAAAACUUAAUUGCUUGUGAGUUUAGUCACAAGGUCAUGGUUUGUAUUUUGCCAUUCUCUUUCAUUUUUGUGCAACGCCACUUGGUUUUUCCUUUUUAAUUAGUGAACUUUGAUUUUCAAACACCACAUAUACGCAUAAAUACAGUAUAUAUAUAUAAAUAUGUAUAUAGUAUUUUACAAAGGGACAACAAAACUUACAGUAGAAGAUGUCAGAAGAUUUGGGUUUCUGUUCAAACUGCACAGGAAAUCACCUCUAAAUCACCUCGAGACUUCAUGUCUGACUAAAUGUGAAACUGUAUGACAAAGAGGAAACACAACAGCGAACUAAUCAUAUUCCCAUCAAACAAAUUUAACGAGCUGCUGUUAGUGUUUGUGGGAACACAAGAACCACCAUGUCUAAAUAACUUGUAUAGCAGUAUUCCUGUAGAUAACAACCACGAGUG